CAGUCUGGGCUGGCCAGGCUUCCCCUGCUCACUACCCAUCUCCUUCGGUCUCCCGCGCCUGUCCAGCUUCACCUAGGAGUCUUGCGUGCUUUGGCUGGGUUCCUUUUCCCGCCCGGGAGGGGGUGCCCUGCGCCGGGGCUGCCGUGCAGCGUGAGUGUCUAAGUGAGGGCUUCCCUCUUUUGCCCGAGGCGGCCGGGUGCCUUUCUUUGCAACCUCGCCUCCUGCGGCUGGGUGGUCCUUUCUCUCGCCGGGCUUUGGAGACACGCGCCCGAUUUCGAGGGGGUGAGUGCAAACGCCGCCCAUCAACUUGGCACCUGGCAUUGAGAUCCUAGGAUCCCGAGCGGAGGCUGCGGUUGCGGGCUUGCGAGGGUGGUUGAGGACCUCUGCGGGCAGGGCUGGCUGGACCAGGCGCUGCGUGUGCAGGGGGAAAAAGAGGCCGCCCCGCCCGCGCCCCGGCUCGCGCCCCGCCCUCCCGGAGCGGUCUCGGCGGCUCCAGGCUCUCGCCAUUGUCUCCGCCUUUCCAACAGGUUCGGGCGCGGGAGCGCGGGCGGGUGCGGGGCGGCCCGGCCCGGCUUUCCCGAAGCCGCCUCCCUUCCUCUGCGUGCGCGCCCGGGCCGCGUGGCUCGGCGGGGCGCUGCUCGGUGCAGGUCCCCGCAGGUCCCCGAGAGCCUGACCCGGCUGCGGCCCGCCGCGUGCGGGAGCGAUGCGCGCAGAGGCGGCUCCAAGUUCGGCGCGCACCCGGGGGGGGCCGCCCCGCUCGGUCUUAGGUGUCUGAGCCCGGGUGGCGACGCCGAGGCGGUCGCAGGAGGGGCCAGCGCGGCUUUCCCGCUUCACUCCCAGCACCUCUUGGUUUUUAUCUUUAUUUUUAAAGAGGGAGACGAUGGACUGAGACGAUGCACGCCAUGGAAUCCCGGGUGUUACUGAGAACGUUCUGCGUGAUCCUCGGGCUUGGAGCGGUUUGGGGGCUUGGUGUGGACCCCUCCCUACAGAUUGACGUCUUAACAGAGUUAGAACUUGGGGAGUCUACAGAUGGAGUGCGCCAAGUCCCGGGACUGCAUAAUGGGACGAAAGCCUUCCUCUUCCAAGAGUCCCCCAGAAGCAUAAAGGCAUCCACUGCUACAGCUGAGCGGUUUUUCCAGAAGCUGAGAAAUAAACACGAGUUCACAAUCUUGGUGACCCUGAAACAGAUCCACUUAAAUUCGGGAGUUAUCCUCUCCAUCCACCACUUGGAUCACAGGUACCUGGAACUGGAAAGCAGUGGCCAUCGGAAUGAGAUCAGACUCCACUACCGCUCUGGCACUCACCGUCCCCACACGGAAGUGUUUCCUUAUAUUUUGGCUGAUGCCAAGUGGCACAAGCUCUCCUUAGCCUUCAGUGCCUCUCACUUAAUUUUACACAUCGACUGCAAUAAGAUCUAUGAACGAGUGGUGGAAAUGCCUUCAACAGACUUGCCUCUGGGCACCACAUUUUGGUUGGGACAGAGAAAUAAUGCACAUGGCUAUUUUAAGGGAAUAAUGCAGGAUGUGCACGUUCUUGUCAUGCCUCAGGGCUUCAUUGCUCAGUGCCCGGACCUUAAUCGAACCUGUCCAACAUGCAACGACUUCCAUGGGCUUGUGCAGAAAAUCAUGGAGCUGCAGGACAUUUUAUCAAAGACGUCAGCCAAGUUGUCCAGAGCUGAACAAAGAAUGAACAGGCUGGAUCAGUGCUACUGUGAGCGGACAUGCACUGUGAAGGGAACCACCUACCGAGAGUCUGAGUCCUGGACAGACGGCUGUAAGAACUGCACAUGCUUGAACGGGACCAUCCAGUGCGAGACUCUGGUCUGCCCUGCUCCUGACUGCCCUCCUAAAUCGGCCCCUGCGUAUGUGGAUGGCAAGUGCUGUAAGGAGUGCAAAUCAACCUGCCAGUUCCAGGGACGGAGCUACUUUGAGGGAGAAAGGAACACGGUAUACUCAUCUUCUGGAAUGUGUGUCUUAUAUGAAUGCAAGGAUCAGACCAUGAAGCUUGUUGAGAACAUUGGCUGCCCACCCUUAGAUUGUCCCGAGUCUCAUCAGAUUGCCUUGUCUCACAGCUGCUGCAAGGUUUGUAAAGGUUAUGACUUCUGUUCUGAGAAGCAUACCUGCAUGGAGAACUCGGUCUGCAGGAACCUGAACGACAGGGCUGUGUGCAGCUGCAGGGAUGGUUUUCGGGCUCUCCGAGAGGACAACGCCUACUGUGAAGACAUUGACGAGUGUGCAGAAGGGCGCCAUUACUGCCGUGAGAACACCAUGUGUGUGAAUACACCUGGUUCUUUCAUGUGUAUCUGCAAAACUGGGUACAUCAGGAUCGACGAUUACUCAUGUACAGAACAUGAUGAGUGUCUCACAAACCAGCACAAUUGUGAUGAAAACGCUUUGUGCUUUAACACUGUUGGAGGACACAACUGUGUCUGCAAGCCUGGCUACACCGGGAAUGGAACCACGUGCAAAGCUUUCUGCAAAGAUGGCUGUAGAAACGGAGGAGCGUGCAUUGCUGCCAAUGUGUGUGCCUGCCCACAAGGCUUCACGGGACCCAGCUGUGAGACAGACAUUGACGAGUGCUCUGAGGGCUUUGUUCAGUGUGACAGCCGUGCCAACUGCAUCAACCUGCCUGGGUGGUAUCACUGUGAGUGCAGAGACGGCUACCAUGACAAUGGGAUGUUUGCGCCAGGCGGAGAAUCCUGUGAAGAUAUUGACGAAUGCGGGACUGGGAGGCACAGCUGCACCAACGACACCAUUUGCUUCAACUUGGACGGGGGAUACGAUUGCCGGUGUCCCCAUGGGAAGAACUGCACUGGGGACUGCGUGCACGAGGGGAAAGUGAAGCACACCGGCCAGAUCUGGGUGCUGGAAAACGACAGGUGCUCCGUGUGUUCCUGCCAGACUGGGUUUGUCAUGUGUCGACGGAUGGUCUGCGACUGCGAAAACCCCACAGUUGACCUUUCCUGCUGCCCUGAGUGUGACCCAAGGCUGAGCAGUCAGUGCCUGCAUCAAAACGGGGAAACCGUGUACAACAGCGGCGACACCUGGGUCCAGGAUUGCCGUCAGUGCCGCUGCUUGCAAGGAGAAGUUGACUGUUGGCCCCUGGCUUGCCCAGAGGUAGAAUGUGAAUUUAGCGUCCUUCCUGAGAACGAGUGCUGCCCACGCUGUGUCACCGAUCCUUGUCAGGCCGACACCAUCCGCAAUGACAUCACCAAAACCUGCCUGGACGAGAUGAACGUGGUUCGCUUCACCGGGUCUUCCUGGAUCAAGCACGGCACGGAGUGUACCCUCUGCCAGUGCAAGGAGGGCUUGAUGUAACAGGACAAAGAAACCCGAAACACCUGAAACUCUGAGACGUCCACUAGACCUUCUUUAAAGCCACAUCCCUAGCUCCUUCAAUGAAAGCAAUUUGCCAGGCGUGAUUUGGAGUGAACGUUUUCCCGUUUUCUGCGUGUGCUCCAGCAAACUUGAAGAAUGUUUCUAAUGCAAGCUACUAAUACUAUGUACGCUGUGUGGCUUCGUGCUUGAUCAGAGUAUAUUCAACCAUUCACAUGUCAACAUUAUAGCACUGGGGUCCAACAGAUUUUGUUGUUGUUGUUUUGGCAUCUAACUACCAAAUAAUAAUGAGUCCUCUUACUCCUUUGAAUUGUUACGUUGCUGUUCUGCACAUCGACAAUAAAAAUAUCAAACAGGUAGUGGGACAAAGGUCACAUCGAGUAGAGCUCUGCAGGAAACAACCAUGCUAUUAAGGGCUCUUUCCUGACACCCGGUGCUGUAUAGACAGCGUUGUACCCUGACUCCUGGUAAGAGUGUCUUCCAGAGGCUGUGUUUUGAGGCUGAAUUCUUAUUUUCUUUGAUAAGUACUGAUUCUUAGAAAUUACAGUGUGAUGCCACCUGCCUUAUUAGUAAAUGUGCAUUUUAAGUUUGUAUUCAUUUUUACCAAAUUUAUCCAAGAUAUCCACUUGUAUUAUAUAAUGGCUUAAAAACAAUGUGGGGCUUGUUUGUGUUUAUCCCAGGGGUGUGGCCUGUAGAUGCAGUCAGUCAUUCCUGGAAGUGAGUGUGUAGUAACUUAUUGUCUGUCUCGAGUUACAUUGUUGGGCCUUUAAUUGAAUUAAAUACUUUACAAUUCA